GACUCAGUCUUAGUAAUUUUGUAAGCCGUAUAUAUCGAAAAUAAAUUUAUUGAAUCACUUGUUAAUUUUUAUACGUUAUUAUUACUAUAUAUAAACAAAAUCAAAGGUUUUGUUUAAGUAAUUAAUCAUGCUGAUGUUUAUUGCUAUGAAAUUAUUAUUUCUAUUUAAUAUCAUUACAACAGGAAAAGCUCAGUGCUUGCAUGGAAACCAACGGUGUUUCGAAGAUAGUGAGUGCUGCUCUAAUAUAUGCCUUAUGCAUACUUUUGUACCUGUGUGCAUGCUUAGCUAUCAAGAACAGGAUGAUGGUUUCUCUCCUACAGCGAAUCCAGUAUCAGAACCUAAAGGUUGUCGUCAUUUCGGAAAACUUUGUACUGAAAAUGAACAAUGUUGUUCCAAGUCAUGUGACUCGGCAGGAUUUACAAUUCCAAGAAACUGUAUUCCUAAUUUUAAUAACCACACACAAACUAUGAUGCAUGUAUCUCCGGUGGAGUUUAAUCUAUCUAUAAAUUAUGGUUCGACAAAUCAAUGUGGUUCGAAUGGAAAGUUUAGUGUUACUCAAAAUAAAUGUUUUUAUCUGAAAUGUGCUCCUAUAGAAAGUACUAAACUUCAAGAAUGUUUUUUUACUGAAGACUCUUCGAUUUUAAAUGACAUCUAGAAUUUUUAAUGUCUUAAACUCUUUUCAACAAUUAGAGUGUAUUAAUGUUUGAAAUUAUAAUUAAAUUAAUUUUGAAAUAGUUGUUAAAUAUUAAAAUGAAAAGCAUCC